AUGACGCUCCCUAUGCGAGUUGCGAGUCGCAUUGGGGGGAAAUCCGGAGUACGGUGUCCGUCCCGAUUCCCUCGUAUACAAUGCUCCUCCCUCAGGACUAUCACCGACGUCACCGGAUUGCGCGCAGCAAUAACAACAGGAGAAACCGGCCCUGAAACACACUGCAAGCCUGAACCCACAGAUCAAACUCCAUCUCACACUCUCUCCGACCAAGUGCGUCUCCUCAUGCGUCGCGUGCCAUACCCGGUAGCCAUCAUCACGGCAACCGAUCCCCACGAAGCAGACCUCCAGAAAGCCUUUCGCGGAAUGACCGUCUCGUCGUUCAACACGGUGACGCUGUGUCCGCAGCCAGUCAUCUCGUUCAAUGUACGUCAACCAUCGGAGACUCUCACGGCUCUACAAUCAUCCCGUCGCUUCCUCGUCCAUCUUCUUGCGGCGGAGAAAGAGCCCGCAUGUCUGGCUAGGGAUUUCUCCCGUGGAAAUCAUAAUCUGUCUAUCAUGAAUGGGAAAGGGGAUUUUGAAUUCGUUGCCCAUUCUCCUAUCGCUUCAUCGUCUACAUCUACAUCUACACCUGCAACACCCAAUGCUAGACCUCUCCCUUUACUCCGGAAGAAGACGGAGACGGACAUAGAGAAGGGUCAUUCAUCCUUUCCCUUCGUUUUUGAAUGUUUCCUCCAUCCUCAUAACGUCACUGUUUCCGAUCACACCAUCGUUGUGGGGACCGUUGUGCGCGUUCUCUCCACAUGCAGUUCAGAUCCCGAUCCGCAGACGGGCACUUCCACGGAUCUGUGUUUGACUUAUGCGAAUACUCGAUUCUGGAAAAUGGGUCAGGGGAUAAUCUAG